AAAACAGUCUGUGACAGGAAGUUUCAAGAAAACGCAGAAGAGCUCAUGUUAAUGUUGCAUUGAUUAUACAGUGUAUAUCGAUUCAAUAAAUGUAGGCAUUUUCAUAACAAUAAUUCUCUCUACGACUGCCUUCAAUUUAUUUUAUUGAAAUAGUCUGGAAAUGUGUGAUCCAAUUUUUGAAUACCAGUUCAGACUCAUCCUUAUAGGGGAUAGUACAGUUGGCAAAUCUUCAUUGCUUCGAUACUUUACUGAUGGGAAAUUCGACGAAUCUUGUGACCCAACUGUUGGUGUUGAUUUCUAUGCUCGUUUGAUGGAAGUAAAGCCUGGUGUUCGUGUUAAACUUCAACUUUGGGACACUGCUGGUCAAGAAAGGUUUAGAUCCAUUACCAGAUCAUACUACCGCAACUCUGUGGGUGUUAUGAUUGUGUAUGACAUUUCUAAACGAAGUAGUUUUGAAAACCUAAAGACAUGGUAUGAAGAAGCCAGAGAACAUAUUGAACCACACAAAGCCAUUUUUGUCAUUCUGGGACACAAAGCUGACAAUGAAGAAAAAAGGCAAGUCACUUUCAGAGAAGGGAAAAGAUUUGCAGAAAUGCAUGGACUUAAAUUUUUUGAAACCUCUGCAAAAAGUGGACAAAAUGUAGAGGAAUCAUUUGCUUCUAUCGCCAAAGACACAUAUCAGCAUUUACUGGAUGGUCAUAUCAAAAUUGAAGAGGGCUGGGAUGGAGUGAAAGCAGGAUUUGCCAAGCCCAAAGAAACAGUGCAACUUGUGGAGGCUGAAACGGAGAGUCGUUGUUGUUAAUGAAUCCACUUAUGUUUACUCUACGUCAUCUUCUUUUGUGCAGUAUUUUAGCCUAAACAAUUUCUGAUGCCCUUAAUUGCAAUACUGCUUGCUUCACUGUGUAUGUCAAAUACUUUGCUUUGAGUAUACAACUUCAGUUCUAGCUACCUUUAUUGUUGCAUGUUUAACUUUAGAAUACAUCAAAUUUUCCAUGGCCCUGACUUGAUCUACUGUUAGGGUAACCUAGUGCUCUAAGUGUAUAAAUUAUCAUAAUCAGUGCUAGUAUAUAGCAAGUGUACUAAUUUAACUCCCAUGCCAAGGCCUGAAAUUUGUUGGGCUUGUUGGAUUAAUGCUCUGCUGGCACUGUUCAAACGUUAUGCAUGUAACAUUUGUAUUGAAUACACAAAAUACUUCGAAAGAUUGUGCAAUUCAAUGGAUCACUCACUAUAUCUGUAUAUUAAAUUAAUUAUGUGAAUUUUGUGUAAAUACUUUUUGAAAGUAACUGCACUGAUGUGUGUCUUUUUUUUUUCUUUCACCAUUUCAUUUGUUCCCAUUUAUUUGUUUGAAUACAGAUUCUUACUAUUUUAGUUUAACAAAAAAACUUACUAUAGGGGUGCAGUAAAAGCACACACACAUACAUAUAUAUAUAUAUAGAUGGCUGUGACUUUUUACUAAUUUCUUUACACAUCAAAUGACCACUUUGUAGUUUGAAAUUUAAUAUUAGACAUCUUUCCUCUCUUUACAACUUAUAAGUUUUAACAUUUUGUUGGCUUAGUCCAAUGUUGCUUGUUUUAUUUUAUUAUGCGUUGAAUUUUUGUUUUACUGCUAACUUGAGCCAGUAGACAAGUUUACUUUCACAUUGUGCAAUUGAGUUCUCCUUGCACCUUUGUUAAGUUGUCAACAUUAGCUGUUUACCAGACAUGUUCCAGGAGUAAAUUUCUAUUUGUUAGUACUAAAUAUUGUUUGUUUUUUCUACUUCUAAGUAAGUUUCUCCCACAAGUCUAAAUAGAAUGAGCUCAACAAAUAUUUAUCUCUCAAGUGAAUGUUUUAAACAAUUCUCAACACUUAACUUCACUACUUAACUAUUUGAAAUUGUGGAUGUGGCUUGGGACAGACUAUCCUGAUAGCUAAAGAUAAAGUAAAUGUUCUCCUUUCAGAUUUAUCAGGGCAGAUGAUAUAAAGCUCAUUAGUUUCUAUGCCAAUGGUUAACCAGGAUACCAUGUGGCCAGAACAAUGACCACCUUUACUUCUCCAAGUUAUCAGGCACCAAUUAGAGUUGGGUGGACUCAGAGGUGCCUAAAAAUGACAAAGUUCAAAAUCCCAGUCUUCACCAGGAUUUAAAUUCAAGAUCCCUUACUUUGGAAGUCAAACACUUUACCACAGAGGCGACCCCCCCCCCCCAAACUACUCAUCUGACAAAGUUGUCAAAAUGUAAUCUAUUCAGACAAGGAGGAGGGUAGAGAAACUGUACAAUUUCUGACAUCAUUCACCAGUUAUUGAAGCAUAUUCAUUUAUGACAAAAUGUUCACAUUAUUGAAUGUUUAAAUGUAUGUUACUAUGACAUCUAAGUCUAGUAUGUUGUCAUUUUUAUUAUUCCUGUGAUAUAUACAAUUUUAUGUUGUUUUUGCUUUCUCUUGCUCGAUGUAUUUCUAUUUCUAUGAAACUUGACUAUGUGAAUAGUUGUUUAAUUAGUCUGUCAACUAUUCAAUCUGAUGUAUGUCAGUUAAACAGCUAUUGAACAUAUUUGACUACUGAUCUUUGUAUUGUAAACAUUGGAUGAUUGAAUACAUUUUUGUUCUCUCUAGUCAGUAUGUUGAGCCUGCUAAGUAUCUGUUACAUUGGCUUCAUUUGAGUGAACUUUUAUGAAUACUCACUUUAUAUUUGCUAGUCUCUCCUGAUAUUGUCUUGUUUUGCUCUUUCUGGUGUUGUUGUUUUUGUUUCAGUUUUUUUAAAAGGACAUCUCAGUGGCUGAUAUUUCUAGUUUUCAUUUCUAUUAUUCAAAGCUUUUUGUGUGUAAAUGUAUUCAUUGACUUGUUAACAUCCAAACUUUUGGAAUGAAGUUUUGGUUAGCUGGUGGCUUGGUUGCCAUGUCUUGCACUCAAAUGACAAUUUUUUUGACAUAAAUAAAUCCUCUGAAAAGUUAGGGGUACUCCCUCUGACCAAGCCUAGAACCAUACCUGUGACUUCUUUCAUCAUUGAUUUCUUCUCCCUAAUGAAGGAGUGAAUCACUCUCUUUCAUUACUGACAAUGUGCCCCUAUAAUAAAUAUCCUAGAAUUAAUAGUUCCCACAGUAGUGUAUUUGUAAAAACAUGUUAGUUUUUUUUUCAACUGGUCUAGUUGCCCUGGUAAGAGAAUUUGAAAAUCCACUUGCCUAACUAUCAUCUGAGAAUGCAUUGCUUAUAUACACCUAAGUUUUCCAUUUUUAGGAUAGUAAAAAUUCUUGGCUAGGGAAUGUCAGUACUUGGCUGACCAGGGACAGAACCUUACAAAAUUAGCCCAGCAAAGUAAUAAAUAUAAGUAUUGACAUUGUUUUUUUUUUCAUUAGCUCCAUUGUAUUUGUGACCUGCAGAGAAAUAAAUAUUGAUGUUGGUUAUUUCCAUUGGCUAAAUUUUAUUUUGUUCUCAACUUUGAUGGAAAUUUUAAAUUUUGAACUUUUUUAUUCUGGCUUGUUUAUGGCCAACUUAUCUACUACACAUAGUUUUGUUUACAUCCAACUUAUUUACUACACAUUGUUUUGUUUAUAUCCAACCUAUCUAAUACACAUUGUUUUGUUUUUAUCCAACUUUUUCUAUUACACAUAGUAAUGCAAUGCAAACAAGACAAAUUCUAUUGAAUCUUUAUGCUUACAAAAUGAUGCAUUUUUAAAUGUGCUUCUCUUGAUUCUAUAGUUUACAAGCAUAUUUGUUACAUAUUUACACUAAUAUCACUGAGUAAAACAUAUCUGCCAGAUUUUUUAAAAACAAUUUUAUAGAAAUGAACUUAUUCUCUUUAAAUAUUUAAAAAUAAUUUCAUGUACAGCAUUUUACAAAAUCAGAAACUUAAUUUAAUUAUUAUUAGUGUUUAUAAUAAUGAAAUAUUUCAAUUUUUUUAAAUUCUUGAGUGAUUUUGAUUUUAAAACUUGUAAGUUAACUUUUAUAUCAAAAUGAUUUGAUUGUUGUCACAUUAAAAGUCCAUUAAUUAAAAUAUUUAUUCAGUUGUCAGGGUUUGUUUUUUUAAGUGCUAUCCCUUAUAAAAUGUAUCUGAUUUUAAUUAAGAUUAAUGUUCAUUGUCUGACUUGAUCUGUGAAAUAUUGACAAAGAAACUUGAAACAUUUCCUUCUAUAUUUUUUCUAUUAAAAUUUGAAACUUAAUAUGUUUUACACAUUUAAUAUUUUUAAUUUUUAACAUUUUAACCUUAAUGUAAUGCAGAUUUUAUUUUAUAUAUAUACUGUAUCAUAAAAUGGGCCUGAAAUGUAAGACUUUUAAACUGUAAAGCUUUUUAUUGUUUACUUGCUUGCUGGAAGCUUGAAAAAAACAACUUCCUACUAAUUAUUAUACAUUAGUUCAAAUAGAUGCUACAAUAAAUACGUUACACACAAAACAAGACUUUGGGAAGACAUCUUCUGUUGUAGUUUCUUUUUAUCUAAUAUUACAAAACAAUUCUUGUUGUACUAAUCUAAAAUGUAAAUUGUAUGAAAACUUAGUAAGUUGCCUCUGACUCCUCAAAUGGGUUGAUAUUAUAACCUUUUUUUUUUUUUUUUUUCUUUGUAAAAACUAUACUGUAUUCUGUAUAUUGAGAUUCCAUGUAAAAAUCAUUAAUUGUCCAUUUGAUCUUGUCUUCACAACAAGAAACAUAAUUAAAACAUGUUAAUUGCAUGUACUUGAUCCUCCCCGGAGUGCAAUUUAUGGUUUAAAUCCCACAACACAUAAAGCUACUAUUAUCAUAAUGCAGAUACUUCCAAAAAACAAAUUGAAAUAAAAUUAAAGCAAAAACUAGUUCAAGCUGACCUUUUUUUUUUUUUAGUACAUAUUUUAUACACUUGUCCUUUGUGUGACAUUCAUGAUUUAGCCAAAAGUUGUCUUAUCAUAGUUUUUUUAUUACUGGUAUAUUGAAAGUGGAGAGUAAUGAGUGGAUAUAAUAACCUGGUCACUGCUUUUUAAAAAAUGCUAAUGUCAAAAGCUUAAAAGAUUUGAAUAGUCCUUUUUCCAAAUUUGAUCAGGAAGUUGUGGAGUUUUAACAAUUAUACUUUUCUGUUGGCUUGCAUGUAAUUUUGAUGGUUGGACUUUUGACUGGUGGACUUGAGAUUAAGUAGCAUCAUUUGCAUAAAAAAAUAAUGUUCUUUUUAAGAGUUGUUUGGGCCAGGUGUCAAUGAUGUUAUUGGCUAAUCAGACUUAUCCAUUCACACGUGUACAUUUUCUUAAUUGAUCAUAUCUCUAAAAAAAAGAACAAAAAAAAAACUUACCAUUUUUAUGAAGCUUGAAUGUUUGUAGGCUCCAAUGAUAACAUUUCUAUUCUAUAAAUAUAUAAUAUAAAAGACAAUUAACAUACUCUCUCACACUUGAAAACUUAUUCACUUGUGAAGAAACUGUCUUUGGGAAAUCGCUGCUAACUCCAUGCAAUAGGAAGCAAUCAGAUGUACUGCUAGGCUUUCUUGAACAUAGUGUUCAAAAUAAUCCAAUGUUAAUUUGUGGACUUACACUAGGAAUGAAGAUUGCAGUGACCAUGAAGCAAAACAUGUAUUUUUACUUUGGAGCUUUUCAUUUUUAUAUGUUUUCAAUUAGAACAUUUUACAAUUUUAUGAAAGUCAAUGUAUGACUUUUAUUCUGUAAUUACUUAUUUCAAGACAUUGAAUUUAAAACUAAGGAAAUGACAAAGGAGUAAAAAAAACAACUUUAUUGAGCUAUUCUGGGAUGUUUGAAUGACAUAGAUCUAGUUGCAUCAAAGAACAAUCUUGUAUUGCUUCAUAAUUUUUAUUUAUUAUCAGAGAAACAUUACCUUUUAUUAUGAAGUAAAAGCACAAAUUAUACAAGGUAAUAUAUAGGGCAUUGGUCUUGUAAAAUUUAGUUGCAUAGUUUCUAACAGAAAAAACAAACUGUUUCCAUUUUUUUGUUUAGACAUCUAACAUCAGCUAGAACAAUGCCCUAAUAGUUUAUUGAAAGUAAAGCAAGUCAUCUUUUUGGAUGGAAAUUAUAAUAUGCUAUUGUAGGUGUUGGUACUUAUUUUUAAAUUUUAGAAUGAAGGGAGGUAAGUCAUAAAGACUUUAUUUAAACAAAGAUGAAAUUGCCGGUAAAUAUUAUAUCUAGGAUGUAACUUCUGUGUCUGUGUAUUUUUACUUUCCUUUAAAUUGUAAUAGUUAGUUGGUUCCAGUUUAAAUUUUCCAGUUCUAGAUGUGUUUCAGUUCAGUCAAGUCAUGCAUAGUUUUAAAAUUUUCAAUUGAGUUUUUGUCUGAUUGUUUACUGGUGUCAGAAUACAAUUACUAUUGGACUAGGUGUUCUGGUUUACUGAUGUGUUCUAUUUAGAGCUAUCCUUGUUUACCAUGUUGAUGUCAUUAAAAAAACAAUUUUGUUUACAAAUAA